GCUGGCUUAUAUUUUGGUUUGCGUACUCGCGAGCUCAGUGGCUCCCUAUUCUAGGUUAUGAGAACACGCGUUAGCGUUUUAUUUUAGUUUGAAAUUAUCAAAAAUGACGACACCAGUGAAUCUUGAGACGUUGGACUCGAACGGGUUAAAACAGUUUUUGGACUCUUUUGAUCACGUGUUUUCGGACUGUGACGGUGUAAUAUGGGGAAGUGGUGGGCCACUCAAAGGAUCCGGAGAGUUCAUUGAACUGAUGAAGAAGAUAGGAAAGACAGUGCAUUUCGUGUCCAAUAAUAGUAUACGUACCCAACAGAAUUACGAGAACCAGUUCAAAGCUGCGGGUGUUCAAAAUGGAUAUGAAAAUCUGACGAUACCAUCUUUGGCCAUUAAAGAGUUUCUGAAAUCGAAAAACUUCACAAAAGCGGUAUACUGCGUGACGUGUCCAGAAACGAAAAGAGUUUUACAAGAUGCGGGAUUCAAAACCAAAGAAGGCCCAGCAAGUGCGCCAGGGUACGACGAACUGGGCCAAUUUUUCGACGACGAUCCUGAAGUAGGAGCGGUUUUAUUAGACUGUGAUACAAAUUUGAAUUUACCAAAAAUAUACAGAUGCGUAACGUAUCUUGAGAGGGACGAUGUGCUUUAUCUCAGUGGAGCUACGGACAAGUACUGGGCGACAAAGAGGGGUAUUGCUAUAGGUGCGGGAUUCUUCACCCAGUUAGUGUCUGAGGAAGCAAAACGACAGCCCAUUCAGCUGGGAAAACCGGGGAAGAUAUUCGGAGAGUUUGCGAUGAAACGGGCCGGAGUCACCGACCCCGGCAGGGUACUUUUCAUUGGCGACAUGUUGGAGCAAGACGUGGGUCUAGGAAAAAACACAGGAUUCAAGACAUUUCUGGUGCUGUCUCACCAUACAGUCGAAGAAAUGCAGUCACAGGACAGACUGAGGCCAGAUUAUUACGCCGGGUCCCUGGGCACUGUUGUUCCUGUAUUGAAAAAAUAUUUAUAAAUAGAAAAUUACGUCGAAUAUAUUUUAGGGAAUUUAAAGGCUUGUUAAUUUAGUUUUCUAUUGUAUUUCGUUUUUAUAAGAAAGUAGUUAAUUUGUACAAAUAAUAGUAAAUAUUAAGCGAUUCAAAUGAAUCGAUGAAAAAUUUCAUUAACGUACUUUUACAUUGUUCAAAGUUGAAAAUUUAUUUAUUUUUUGAAUCUAUUUUAUUGAUAACAUGUAUUCCAUUCAAAUUAUCAUUUAAAAAUUAAUUAACUGUCAACUGUAAUUAUAAAAGUGAUAUACUGAUUAACAAAUGAUUAAAUAAAUUAUUAUGUAUGUACUUAAAACUGGUAUAGAUAUCAUUACUUAACUUUUUUUCUCACAUCUAAUGAUACAACAAUUUCUUUUUUUUUAAUACUAAGUUGUUUUUUUUACACACUUUUUUUAUUAAAUGUAAUCGCUUUA